CGGCGCCUCCACAAGACGGUGCGGAAGCUGCUGCCGGACUGCGAGAUCCGAUUCAUCCGCUCCGAGGACGGCAGUGGCAAAGGGGCAGCCAUGGUGACAGCUGUGGCCUACAGGCUGGAUGCCCAGCACAAGGCCAGGCAGAAGAUCCUCGAGGCCCUCAAGCUGAGCCAUGAGCAGCUGCUGGAGGUGAAGGCAAGGAUGAGGAUAGAGAUGGAGAAAGGGCUGGGCAAGGAGACACACGAGGAGGCGACGGUGAAAAUGCUGCCGACCUACGUGUGCUCAACUCCAGAUGGGACAGAAAAAGGAGAUUUCCUUGCCCUGGACCUGGGAGGAACCAAUUUCCGGGUGCUGCUGGUGCGUGUCCGGAAUGGGAUGCGACGUGGUGUGGAGAUGCACAACAAGAUCUACUCCAUCCCCGUGGAGAUCAUGCAGGGAACAGGAGAGGAGCUCUUUGACCACAUCGUCCACUGCAUCUCCGACUUCCUGGAAUACAUGGGAAUGAAGGGUGUAUCCCUCCCACUUGGAUUCACCUUCUCCUUCCCUUGCCGGCAGAACAACCUGGAUGAGGGAAUCCUCCUCAAGUGGACGAAAGGCUUCAAGGCCACAGGCUGUGAGGGUGAGGACGUGGUGGGUCUGCUGAAGGAGGCCAUCCACAGGAGGGAGGAAUUCGACCUGGACGUGGUGGCAGUGGUGAAUGACACAGUUGGCACCAUGAUGACCUGUGGGUAUGAGGAUCCCUACUGUGAAGUUGGGCUGAUAGUCGGCACGGGCAGCAAUGCCUGCUACAUGGAGGAGAUGAGGAACGUGGAGCUGGUGGAGGGGGAUGAGGGCAGGAUGUGUGUCAACAUGGAGUGGGGAGCGUUCGGGGACAGCGGGUGCCUGGACGACAUACGGACGGAGUUCGACCUGGCGGUGGAUGAGCUGUCCCUCAACCCUGGGAAGCAGAGGUUUGAGAAGAUGAUCAGUGGGAUGUACCUGGGGGAAAUCGUCCGCAACAUCCUGAUGGAUUUCACCAAGCGAGGGCUGCUCUUCCGGGGACGGAUCUCGGAGCGGCUGAAGACCAGAGGGAUCUUUGAGACCAAGUUCCUGUCCCAGAUAGAGAGUGACUGCCUGGCCCUGCUCCAGGUGCGCUCCAUCCUGCAGCACCUGGGCCUGGAGUCCACGUGCGACGACAGCAUCAUCGUGAAGGAGGUGUGCACGGUGGUGGCGCGGCGCGCGGCACAGCUCUGCGGCGCCGGCAUGGCUGCCGUGGUGGACAAGAUCCGGGAGAAUCGCGGGCUGGACUUCCUCAAGGUCACGGUCGGCGUGGAUGGGACACUCUACAAGCUGCACCCUCAGUGA